AUGAGCGACUUAAGGGUGAGUGGUAAGGUGAAGUCGUUCAAUGAUCAAAAGGGUUUCGGGUUCAUCAUCCCUGAUGAUGGAGGCGAUGAUAUCUUCGUUCACCAGUCCGAGAUCAAAUCCGAAGGGUUUCGGAGCCUCGGUGAAGGAGAACUCGUUGAGUUUAUCGUCAAUUUCAAUCCUGAUGGUCGCGCUAAGGCCAUUGAUGUGACUGGUCCCAAUCGGGCACUAGUUAAGUGUACCCGCAACAUUGGUCGAGGAGGCGGUGGAUAUGGUGGUGGUGGAAGAGGAGGCAGUGGUUAUGGUGGAGGCGACAGCGGGUAUGGCGAUGGAUACGGUGGCGGUGGAAGAGGAGGCAGUGGUUAUGGUGGAGGCGGCGGCAGGUAUGGCGGUGGAUACGGUGGCGGUGGAAGAGGAGGCAGCGGGUAUGGCGGUGGCUACGGUGGCGGUGGUUAUGGUGGAUACGGUGGCGGUGGAAGAGGAGGCGGUGGUUAUGGUGGAGGCGGCAGGUAUGGCGGUGGAUACGGUGGCCGUGGAAGAGGAGGCGGUGGUUAUGGUGGAGGCGGCAGGUAUGGCGGUGGAUACGGUGGCGGUGGAAGAGGAGGCGGUGGUUACGGUGGAGGCAACGAGUAUGGUGGAGGCGUUGGAUACGAUGGAAGGGGAGGUGGUGGCGUGUGUUACAACUGUGGUCACUUGGCUCGCAAUUGCGGCAGCGGUGGAGGCAGGUACAGAGGCGACGGUGGAAGCUGCUACACUUGUGGUAAUUCUGGGCAUUUCGCGAGAGACUGCCCUUCUAAUGCCCGUUGAAGCUUUUGCUUUGUCGGUUGUAUUUUUAUUUUGAAUAUAAAUUUGGAGUUUUAAUGUCUUAAGGUACUAUUUUGGUGGGUUUUCACGCUGGAUCUCUCUAGUCGUGAUGACUCUUUUUGGGUUUUAUGUUAUAUAUAAGCGAGACAGCAGUGUGGGGUGAGGGAUUCUCGUUUUGGGUCGUUAAAUGGUUGGAUUUUGUGAAAUCCUUACAUUAUUGGUUUUUGUAUGCAGAAUCUGCUCUUACCUAUUUUUGCUAUCAUGGAACUUGGGAUUUCUUUUGUGAAUUUUUUUCU